CUUGUCCAUGUCAAGAGAUGUUGUGGACACGAGAACAGCGGAACGGAAGAUGUCCCCAACAUGUGUCUUUCCUCGAAACAAGAAAGACCAUUCACUGAUCCAGACUGUCAAUGCUGGAUAGGAACAUGAGGAACAUUGAAUGCAAAUGCCACCGUUACAAUAGGAAUAAACUAAGUAUCAUCUAACCGUGUGCACCUUGAGCCGUCGUAUGCCGUCAUCAAAUUUUUGUGAGUCUUUCAGGGGGGGCCAAUAGUUCAUUCAACCUGCUGGCAGAUGGAGAAAGUUGUUUUGUACUUGUAGCGGGUUUUCUGGCCUGACGCAUCUUGCGGUACUGAGGUCCUUGGGCAAUUUAGGUCUUUCGGAACCAUUUUAAACUGUCACAUUCCACAAGUAGACCCGACAAUCUCAGGACUGGGAAUAGACCCGGACACCAUGGAAAGCGCCAGACACGCCUUGCAAGUGCUGGGGACUGAGGAGAUGUUGGUGAUUGCCAUGCGCAACAAUGUCACCGGCCACCUGCAAAAGUGCAUAGAUGUGGCCACCGCACGCGGCGGUGAUCCCCAGCUCAUUAAGGAGGCACAGGAGAUGAUGGACAAGAGCAAUGCAGAAAGAAAUCUCUAUGCAGCCUUGGCCGCCCCCGAGGCAAACAAGGUCGAGAAGCUCACGGCAGCCCUUGAAGAAGCAACUGCAGCUGGGGUCUCAGUGGCCUUGAUCGAAGAAGGGAAACAAGCUUUGGAGGUAGAAAAAGAGAAGGUGAAAGAGCAAAAUGCCGCCAAGGACAGGCCCGUGAUAGAUGAGGUGGAGUCGCGGCUCCGCACGGCCAUCGACCUGCAGGAGACGGGCGCAUUGCUCAAAGCAAUCAAGUUGGCCAAGCGUGCGGAUGAUGCGGUCAGGGAAAAUCCCGAGUAUGCGAUCGGACGCCGCACCCAUGAGGAGUCUAUCAAGGAGGCGGAGCAAUUAGUGGCAUUUUUAGAGGUCGAUCUACAGCUGCCCCGUGCCAUCCGUUCCAAAGAUCAGCAGAAGCUGAAAGCCGUCUUGACAAAGGCGUCCACCUGGUCCAUCGAAACCGAGGACGUGAUGCAAGGCCAGAUGCUUCUGGGCCAGAUCGAAGCAGAGGACGCCCUACGCGCGGCCAUCAACUCCAAGAGUGAAGAUCAGUUGGUCAAAGCCUUGGAGGAGGCCUCGCAGCGCAGCGUGGACCGCGUGAGGAUUCUGAAAGCGGAAGCGUCCUUGGCACAGCUUCGAGGCUCCGAGCAAUUGGCCUUGGCGAUCUUGGAGUGCAAGGACCCUGAGACGCUGGAGGAGGCGAUCCAAAAGGCCAAGGAGGCCGGCGUGCCGCGCAGCGAAGUGAGCAAGGCAGAGGCCCUGGUGAAGAGCCUUUGCCGCUCACCCACGCGUUCCCUGGCAGUGAGCCGUGUUGGUAGCAAGGCCGGAUGAGCUGGAGGAGCUGAAGGCCCUCAGGGUUGUGCCCGAGCAACUCUGCCUGUACCAUAGGAUUGUUUGGAAGCCAGGCAUGGUCAUUGGAGGAUCAAGCCCAGC